GGAUUGGACCCCUCUAUAGUCCUCACACUAUAAAACGCACUUUCUCUCAUAUCACAUUUUCUCAUCGUCUCUUAAAAAUCAUCUUCAUUCUCAUUGUCUUUUGAAUUUGAAGCUCUCAAGAUAUACUUUGAUCCCUGUUUCGAUUAUUUUUUAUUUGCGAGUCUUUUCUGGAUAACUAUGGCGGAGGAAACCAAGAACGUUCAUGAGCAAGAGGUCCCAAGGGUAGCGACAGAGGAAUCGCCGGCGGCGACGGCAGAGGUUACGGAUCGUGGACUAUUCGAUUUCUUGGGGAAGAAGAAGGAGGAAACAAAACCAGAGGGGACAAUCGACUCAGAGUUUGAGCAAAAGGUUCAGAUUUCGGAGCCGGCGCCGGAGGUUAAACACGAGGAAGAAGAGAAGAAGCCGAGUCUCUUGGAGAAGCUUCACCGAAGUGACAGCUCUUCUAGCUCCUCAAGCGAGGAAGAAGGUGAAGAUGGUGAGAAGAGGAAGAAGAAGAAGAAGGAUAAGAAGAAGACUACUACUACUACUACUGCUGAAGGAGAGGUGAAAACAGAGGAGGAGAAAAAAGGGUUUAUGGAGAAGCUGAAGGAGAAGCUUCCAGGACACGGAAAGAAGCCUGAAGAUGCCUCAGCCGCCGCCCCCGCCGCACCUGUUGUUGUUCCUCCGGUGGAGGAAGCGCAUCCGGCGGAGAAGAAGGGGAUUUUGGAGAAGAUUAAGGAGAAGCUUCCAGGAUACCAUCCCAAGACCGUAGAGGAGGAGAAGAAGGAAAAGGAAUCUGGUUAAGACGAAGAAAAAGCGGAUGAUCAUUAUUAAUAUGAAUAAUGAUGAUGGGAGAUUUGCUUUGUUUUUGUGAUGAAUGAUGAUCAUCUUUUGCUUUUGUGCUGUGAAAGUUUGUUGGCUUUUCUUUUUUUUUUUGUUGGUUACAGUUUUUCUGUUUCUCUCUUUGUGAUGUUUGUAUAUGAUUUGAAGGUAUUUUAAUGGUAUGGAUAUUUUCAUUUCAGAA